GUCAUAAGUUGGACUCCCAGCAUGUGCUGAUAUUAAACUGUAAUAUUGAAAACAUGUAACUGUUUAGUAAUGUAGUCCCAUUAAACACUUUGUGGCAUAUUAAUUGUUGCCAAAGUUGUUUAUAUUUAAGGGAGGGAAAUCUUGAAAAUGUUCUACAGCAUGAGUUUUUUUAAAUUGGAAGAACUGAAAAACUCAAGACUUUUUCAGAGCUGUACACUUUGAGUGUGAAAAACCUUGCCUUAAGAAGAGUUUCACUCAUUCUAAAAGAGUAAAUAUUUUAUAGGGUUGUUAUUUCAACAUUUCCCCAAAAGUCUUUGAAGGAAAAAAAGUUUUCUCCCCUGGGAUUUCACACCUCUACCUGAGAGCGUCUGAGAGGGGGAAUGGGGUAGCUUGGCACCAGCAACUAAAUGAUGGAAGGGGUUGGAGGAGGAGUUGACCUCCCCCCCUCCACAGUUGGCAUAUAAGAACAUUCCAGCUGCUGAAUCGUGUGGAAAGUGAGGAGAGAAGCAGGCAUUCGAACUAAGAGGAAUCAGACAGACUCCCUCUUUCUCCCCCACCCUCCUGCCCAAUCAUUUGCAGUCACUGCAAGAUUAGGGUAGACAGGUAUAUCUUAAUGUCCCCUUAGACUUCUGGUGGAGGUUCUUGGUGUGCUGCUGUCCCCCAUGUCUGAGAAAAAAAACGUGCCCUAUAGGGGAAAAGAUGGGGGUCCCUCUGGCCUUUCAUUGUAGUGCAUGUAUUCCAAGAGAGUGGAAGUCAGUCAUGUGUUUGCUUCUCUGGGUGAAUAGGCCAAAUAGAAGCCUAUUCCUUGCAGGAUGUAGCACAACAUAAGGCAUGAAGGAUGCCCCAGGAAAAGCAAGAGUCUUCCGGCAUUUGAAGCAAGAACUUGGCAGUUAUGCCCACCAAAGAAGGCACAUUAAACACGUAUCUCUUUUCAAACCCUGCUGUUCUUGCUUAUUAUGGCCAUAAGGGUUUUGAACCCAAAUUAAAAUCUAAGAGGUGGAAAAUAACCCUGGUAUUGUUUUUCUAUCCUUCUAGGCAUAGCUGAAACCACUCAUCAGACUUGUUUCCUGUGUGCGCAUAGUCUCAGCUGCAUGCAAAAUCUGCAGCUGAUUGUGGGUGCAUAUGCACCCAUCCACCAACCUAAGGAGCAGGGCUGAAGGAGUGAAAAGUUUCCACGCUCUGAAGUUAGUGAAGCAGACAUGACGAAUCAUGAGGCAGAGAGAACUUUUUCUUGUUUGCUGCAUUGUUCUUGCUUUUCAUGCUAGCAGGAUCUCCUUUUCUUUUAAGCUUACUUCAUGCUGCUCUGCAGAGUAGGUGCUGUGUUGAUUCUGGACACAUGGGUUUUCUGGAAUAAUUCAAACCAGGAAUUUUCCCAAUACCGUUAGUUCCAUAUCAGGUUAGUGAGAGGUACAAGUAAGAAUUCUGGCUUUGGUUUGCCUUGCAGACCCAAUAAGGUAAACACGUAACUUAAUUUUUAAUUACAACUUUGAAGCUGCUGCACAUGCCUACUUCUGCGUCCGUUUGUUAAUUAUCAACUUUAUGAAAAUAAUCAAUGGAAAAUGUUCCAUUGAAGAAUAAAGCCCUGAAAAAUUCUCUGGCCCACAUAUUUAGCUUAUUCCACAGAUAUAGAAUAACCUAUUUAGCACUUUUUGAACCAAGUUUUCUUGCAGUAAGCAACCACAUGAGUUAAACCUCUAUGCCUAAGGAAUAGGUCAGUGCUACUUCAAAGUUGGCAUUUUCUGAAAUCCACAGAAGUGGGUGAAAUAAGAUAGCACUUUGUUUUAGGGUGACAUUAGCUCUGUAUUAUUCUGUGCUUUUUUUUACAAAAGGGAAUUCCGAAUGUGGUGGGGAAUAGGCAGACAACCAAUUCAAAAGGCUAGUAGAAUGAACAUCCCCCAGUAGCGUAGGUGCAAGUACCAGGAAAAUGAGUUGUUCAGAAGUAAUCUUACUGAAUUUUGUGAGGUUUAUUUCUAAUUUUUAAAACCCACAGAUUACACAGUAAAUGUAGGGUUACUUCCUUACAGUCUCCCCCACCCUGCAUCUUCCCAAGGGGGGGGGAGGCUUCCCCAAGGUUUUCUAAACAUUAGUGAUAUUCAUGUACUGGGUAUAGGAAGGAGUGUUAGACUGUGAAAUUUGGUAGUAAUUAACAUCUAAGCCCAAUUUAUCCUCUUCUAGGUAUUAGGGCAGAUAGUAUUUGAAUAAUGCUUUACCUUAUCUUGUUGGGUUAGUGGCAUUUUUCUGACACAUUGGACUGCUGUUGUAGUUCUUGCUUGAUCUAAAAGAAUAUAUAGAAGAAUUGUUCAUCCUAUGGACUGAUUUUCUUCUGUGUACAGUCAGCACCACCCUAGUGCAGCUAGCAUCUUUGACGCUGUUAUAUUAUCAGGCCAGUAGAAAUCUUAAGGGUGUGCCUAAAAGGUGUCUCUUCAAUCUUACCGGCUGACAGAACCAAGAAUAAAAAGAUUAUCUGAGUAUCAGGCGUACACCUGAUUCCCCAAAUUUGUGAAGGUAUUGGAGAAAAGGGCGAAUAAAUUUAGAUUUUUAAAAAUUCUAAUUGGAGCUUUGUGAUUCUGCAAAAUCUGGUGGUUAUGUCAUGUAAGAUUGGGUCUGUUACUUGCAUCUGCAUAAACAGAUGAGCUAUGCAAACAUCUUUCCUCUGGAAAAAAAUGUUUUUAAGUCUGAGAGUAGCUUGUCAUAAGUGCAAAAGAAUAUUGCAAGUGUAUUUCUAUGGACUUUGAUGUUUUGUUGAUAAAUAGCAGCAUUAAGAAAAAUGGCAUACUUCCCAUUCUCUGAGAUGCAGGGAAAUGGACUAUGUAAACAUCUCCCUGGCUGCUUUCUGUUGUUGUUUGUCAUUUUUCCAACACUUACACUCUCUUUACUUGGUGAGGCUUAUUUCCCAGGAAGUGUGCUUAAGACUGCUACCUAAAUUUUGCAAAGUGCUUUAGCAAUUUUUAUUGAGCUGGUAAAGAAGCUGGUAAAUUACUGGUACUCCUGCUUUAGAGUGGAAGAGUGAGAACCUGGGGCAAGAGUUUGUGCCUCACAAAAACAUCUGCCAUAGUAAAUCUGUUAAUGUGCUACAUGACUUUUUGUUAUGUUGGAUGUGGAACACAGAACCUCUGCUAUGGCAGGUGUGAGAUUCAGACAAACUCCUUAGUUAUGCUGGCUGUUGUAGCUUAAAUUCCUGAAGUUCAAGGUUUGGAAUGGGUCACACUCUUCAUGUAACAAAUGCUUGGGUUUGAGGGAUUUUUGUAGGCAGCUUUUUCUGAUUUGUAUGCCCUUCUUCACUGUGUUUACUUGGAGACAAGUCUAAUAGAUUUCCCUUCCAGUUAACUGCAGUUUUUGGAGGAAAAAAGACUCAAGUGGUAAGAUGGGUUUCUUAGAUGCGCCGGUGACAGUAACAAAGAGUGGGAAGACAGCUUAGUGUCCAGACUUCUUCAGCUAGCUUUUUCUGCUUUCUUUUGCAGGCCAUUGAAAGCCCCUUUGGCAGAAGUAAAAGUUGAGUGUAGGAUCUCUUAACUCCUUUUAGUCUGGAGAGUAGCAGAGGGUCAUUUAAAAAGUGCGGACAUGAGGGAAUAAUCACCAUGGCAAGCAAGUAUUUCCGCUCCUGCAAUUUUAGGUUCUGUCAUAAACUUAAAGUCACUAUUCUAAAUGAUUUAGUUUCUAGGAGCAAGAGGCCCUUAGAAGAUUUGCAAGAGGGGGAGCAAGCCCUGCAACCAGAUUUUAAGAAACAGCGGUGCAGUUCACCCUCCCCAUCCCCAGAGUCAUGCCUGGCUUCUGCAGUUCCUUUCUGUCCAAGCAGCGGAGAAGCAGGUGAUGACAGUGACCUGGAUGACUCUUUGCUGGAAAGAGCCGAGUGGGAGCCCCCUGACUCCCCCUACCAUGGUACCCCUGAAGAGGACGAUGUGGCUUUGGCAGAUGAUCCGGAGACCAAUUCAGGCAAUGUAUUAUGCAAUGUAGACGUGAGUCCAGAGCCUUUACCUCCAACUGGCCUUUCAGUCCCCCCUAGCAGAGGGCUUCCCCACAGCACUAGCCUGGUGAAUCCAGAGAAAGGAAGCAACACGAGUAUAGAUUCUCAGAAUCAAAUAGGACUCCGUUUGAGUUCAAAUGGGCUUGGGCUUCAAGAUGCUAUGCCAAGUGAGGCAGGUGGCUUUAGUCUAAAGAAAGGGAAUAGUAUAUCUGGGACAGUGGCUAAGGAAGCAACUCAGAUGGUAGGAGAGGUGUCACUAGUUGGGGGUGAGUUAAUGGCUAAGCGUAAAUGUGCUACUGUGGCAACUGAUGGGCCCUCUGAGGGACAGGCUUUAGUAGAACAAGGUAAGGUAGGAGGAGAGAGUGCCAGCAACGUAUCCUGUGAGACUCAGGGAGAAUCAGCCUCUGCCACAGAGUUUGUACCAGAACAUCCUAUAGCUGCUCAAAAUGAGAGUUGCGUAGAAGAGCCCGGCCCUGAAGAGCCCGAAGAGCCCGGCCUUGAAGAGUCCAGAAACUCCAUCCCUGCUGAUUCCAGGAGUAAUUGGAUAUCGAUCCCGGAAGAAGAACUCCAGUUGAGCAAGGAAAAAUACAUUGAAAGUGUGCUUGCCCACGCUCAACGUGAUAAGCAUCUCAUAGGUGAAGUGAAUGAGUUGCACGCCUUGAUGAGGAAGGUCGCUUUUGAAUAUCGCCCCUGGCAGCCUAGGCACCCAACAGACUUGACCGUGAGGAAUUAUGCGCAGCGAGCUAACAGAGAGAUCCAGAAGUGCACCCUCAAGCAGUGGGUGAACCGGAACCAGCGUCAUUUCCUUCGGUUUAAAGACAUUCCUGACAAGUUCCAACGUAGCCCUGUCCCAAGCUUUUAGAAGCUGAGUUGCCGCUGACAUCUAAGUGGUGGGAUGAUCUGCACUUUAAAAGCUGUUUAACUGAUGACAAUUCUGUCUACUGUUUUUUUUAAAUUAUAUGUUAUUAUUUUUUGGUAAUUUAUGGCCAGUUUUGCAUGUCAUUGUUUUUGCUAGAAAUGUUCACCUUUUCUAUUAACUUCCGCAGCCUUCAUGUUUUGUUUGCUUGUUGGAGUUCUGCCAUUUUCACCAAUCUGCCUGAUAUAGUACAUUCUGAUAUUUUAUAAAUAUUUGUACCUUUUAAAUGUA